AGAAGGUCAACGCAGCAUUUCUUGAACUUGAAGCUCUGGUUGUAGAAGACGAUGACGGCUCCAACGAAGCUGCUGAGGCUCUGUUCCCUCCUGAUGGCUCUGCUCUUUGGUUAUUCUGCUUCUGCUCAGCUCGACGACCCGGAUUGGUAUCUGUGGCUUCCUCUGUAUGCCUGCGCCUGCAUCGUGAACCUCGCCAACCCGACAGCCCCGGACGGAUCGCUCAUGAGGAAGAUGGCAAAGCUGGCACUCGUCCUCGGCCUGUUCUUGUUCUUCAAGGUUGUGGUGGAAGAUGGUAAGCACGGGAUUGCAGGGUUCUGGUCACUGGACAUGAGGGAGAGAGUGGUCCGGGAGAAAUUCGGAAGCGGGUUGGUGGUCAGCUCCAUGUUUCUGCAUCUUCAAGCAUCAUCAUCACCUCAUCCAAAUAGAAGAGUUGCCAGAUUUGUUGAAUACGGGAUGGGGAUCUUGGUGGGCAUAAGCUAUGGCCUCUCCUUUAUGUUCUUCGCUUUCCACAAAGAUGAGAUGAAGUUUUGACUUUGGGCUAGACAUCGUGAGACUCUCUUGAGGGGUGCACACGGAAUGAUGUGCCCUUUGCUAUGUGAGCAUUAUAACGGAAAAUUCUUUUGAUCCCGUUGCUAAACCGUUCUUGGUACCUUCAAAUGUUACUGCUCUCCUCAUUUUAAUGCACAAAGGUGUAAGGGACCGUUCCGCA